AUGCCAUGUGCAAAUGCAUCCGGAUCUCACAAAUUAAAGCUGUUCACAAUUGGAAACGCUGCCAAUCCUAGAGUAUUUAAAAACUGUCGAAAUAAGUUGCCCAACGUCAGCACUGAAUUAAUAAAAAAAUCAUGGAAAAAGCUUUGGCCUUUAAAUAUCCAUGAAAAUUUGGGCGAUGAAUACGAUGACGAAGAAGACUUGAUGCCAUUAGCAGAACUAAGGAGAAGAGCGAUAUCAGAUGAGCGAGAAUUUGAAGAAAUGACGGUUCUGAUGAAUGUCAUCUCAUCAGGACCGGAUCUUGCAGCGAAUGAAGUUAGAACAUGGGCCUUGGGCGACGCAGCUGAAAAUGAGCAAAUAACAUUUUCUGAUGAAGAUUUGGUAAACAUUGCAUUAAGCGGCAACAACGAUGACACCCCUGAAGACGCUGAAGAUUAUGAAAAUUUAGCAGUUGUGAGUCACGGUGAAGCCGUGCGAUGUUUUACUACUUGCAUAGAGUGGGCGACAGAGAACAGUGUAAGCGGUCCAGAACUGCUAAUUCUUCGCCAGUUACAGGAAAAAGCAGUGAAUUUACGCUUUAAGGCGCAUAAGCAAACUGUAAUAACUGAUUUCUUUACCCAAUAG